GCCUUCCUCGGCCGAAAGCCUAGCGAUAGCCCCGGCGCAGGCCCUACCUUCUCCGGCCCAUACAGGUCGUCGCCAUACUCGUUGAGCAGGCUGUAGGCUUCCUCCACCGCACUUGCGCUCGUUCAUGUUGCAGGAAAGCUUGGGUGCUAAAAGGUCCAACCAAAGUGAUGCUGUCUCUUGUCACAAUGGAGAUAUUGCUUCGUUCCAAGUGUUGUCAGCGCGCAACAGUUCCUGGUCCCGUUAGAGUGUUGCAUAAAGAUUAUAGAACAGUGACUCCUCAGAAUUUCUCCAACUAUGAGUCCAUGAAAAAGGACUUCAAACUGGAGAUUCCAGAGUAUUUCAACUUUGCUAAAGACGUCUUGGACCAGUGGACCAACAUGGAAAAGGCUGGAAAGAGACCCUCCAAUUCAGCCUUCUGGUGGAUAAAUGGAAUUGGAGAAGAAGUGAGAUGGAGUUUUGAGGAACUGGGAUCUUUGUCCAAGAAAUUUGCCAAUAUACUUACAGAAGCCUGUGCCCUGCAAAGGGGAGAUCGAGUCAUUGUCAUUCUGCCCAGGAUCCCAGAGUGGUGGCUUGCAAAUGUAGCCUGCUUGCGAACAGGUGCAGUUUUCAUUCCAGGGACCACUCAGCUGACCCAGAACGACAUCCUCUACAGACUGCAGUCUUCAAAAGCCAAGUGUAUUGUCACCCAUGAUGCUGUCGCCCCAGCAGUAGAUGCGGUGGCAUCUCAGUGUGAAAACCUGCGCUCCAAGCUCAUUGUGUCUCAGAACCCCCGAGAGGGGUGGGGGGACCUCAAGGAGAUGAUGAAGCGUGCCACUGACAACCACACGUGUGUGGAGACAAGACACGAUGAGACCAUGGCCAUUUACUUCACCAGCGGCACGAGCGGAUCUCCCAAAAUGACUGCACACACCCACAGCAGUUACGGUUUAGGAUUGUCUGUAAACGGAAGGUUCUGGCUGGAUUUGACACCGUUGGACGUGAUGUGGAACACCUCCGACACAGGCUGGGCCAAGUCUGCAUGGAGCAGCGUGUUUUCGCCAUGGAUCCAGGGAGCGUGUGUAUUUGCACAUCAUUUGCCGCAGUUUGAGCCAACUUCCAUCUUGCAAACGCUCUCCAAGUUUCCCAUCACAGUCUUCUGUUCAGUGCCAACUGUAUACCGAAUGCUUGUGCAAAAUGAUGUGACCAGCUUUAAGUUCAAAAGCUUAAAGCACUGUGUGAGCGCAGGGGAACCCAUCAGCCCUGAAGUGACUGAGCAGUGGAGAAGCAGGACAGGGCUGGAGAUCUACGAAGGAUAUGGGCAGACUGAGACGGUGCUGAUCUGUGGACAUUUUAAGGGAAUGAAAAUUAAGCCUGGCUCAAUGGGAAAGCCUUCGCCUGCUUUUGACGUUAAGAUUUUAGAUGCAAAUGGCAAUGUUCUACCUCCUGGACAAGAAGGAGACAUUGGCUUUCAAGUUGUACCGAAGCGACCACUUGGCCUUUUCACUCAUUACGUAGAUAAUCCUACAAAAACAGCUUCAACUCUCCGAGGCAACAACUACAUCACUGGGGACAGAGGCUAUAUGGAUGAAGAUGGAUAUUUCUGGUUUGUUGGGAGAUCGGAUGAUGUCAUAUUAUCCUCCGGUUACCGAAUCGGGCCCUUUGAGGUGGAGAGUGCCCUGGCGGAGCAUCCUGCGGUGGCGGAGUCGGCUGCUGUCAGCAGCCCAGACCCCAUCAGAGGAGAAAGAAGGGAACUGAGGCACAGAGAGAUGUCCGAACUUGGCCAGGAUCAUACAACAAAGUAUGACGGGAACCCAGGUUGUCACAUUUGGGUCCAUGCUCUUCACCAGGUAGUAAAGGCUUUUAUUGUUCUGAACCCCAAUUACAAGUCACACGGCCAAGAACAACUGAAAAAAGAGAUUCAGGAACAUGUAAAAAAAACUACAGCACCUUACAAAUACCCCAGAAAGGUAGAAUUUGUUCAAGAGCUGCCAAAGACUAUCAGUGGGAAGAUAAAAAGAAAUGAACUGAGGAAGAAAGAAUGGGAAUCUAUUUAAAUCCAUUCCAUUAAUUAUCACAGCACCUAUAAAACAAAGACUAUAAAAACCACCAGAUUAUGAAGAGGUGAUAAAAAUAUGAUGCUUAUAAACUACUGAUUUUAAAUACAUUGUGGUUAUAACAUAAGAGGCUGAAUUUUGAAAUAAAAAAGUAAAUUCCUGCCCUA